CUCGCGACAGUUACGCAUAUCUAUAGUUACCAUCUAAGACCUGACCAACAAUCAGCUGUCGGCUCACAGCUGAGCUUUGGUGUCGGCAUCUUUGCUGGCGUCUCUGGUGUUAAAACAAGCUGUGGACAUCCGAGUUAACGCUAAGGUUCUGAAACUCAUUUGGAACAUCAAGCAAGAAACGAAACAAAAGACACACUGACAUGGCCCCAACGCUGUAUGACGAGAAGCCGGAGCCUGGGGAUUUGAUUGAGAUCUUUCGUGGUACCUAUCAGCACUGGGCUGUGUAUAUUGGAGAUGGCUUUGUUGUUCACUUGGCACCACCAUCUGAGGUCCCGGGUGCAGGCUCCAGCAGUGUGAUGUCUGUCCUCAGUGAGAAGGCUGUGGUGAAGAAAGAGGAGCUGUGGGACGUGGUAGGAACACAUCACUGGGAAAUUAACAACAGCCUAGACAAGAAAUACCAGCCCCGCGAGAUCAACAUCAUUGUGAGGGAGGCUCGUGCGCUUGUGGGCCGGGAGCUGCCGUAUUGCGUCAUCAGGGGAAACUGUGAGCACUUUGCCAACGAGCUGCGCUACGGCAAGGCAGAGUCCCGGCAGGUGCGUAAGGCAGGAGAAACAGUCAUGGUCGCAGGCGUGGCUGCAAUGGUGGGUCUCGGCAUCGUGGCUCUGGCAGGAGCUCUGUUUGGAGGCAGCAAAAAAGAAAAAGAGGAUACGCAGUGAUCGACGUCCGGGUCACCUGCCCAGCUUGAUUAACUGAUCACCAGCAAAGCCUAACUAAUCACUUAUCAUGAUCAUCUGUGAUUUAUGAGUGAUGUGGUUAAUUUUUUACUGCGUCUAGUCAACUUUACCAGAAUCUUUGCCGUCUUUAGUUUGAAUAACAAUGCAAGACUAGUUGGUUUGGGAUCAAGGCUCUGUGUUUUUCAGACUUUUUAAAAUUUCUACAAACAGCACAUAUUAGCACAACAAACACUAUUUCCACUAAUUAAGGUGCCCAAAUAAAAUAUGUUUGUUUUAAUAUGACAUUUUGGAAUAAAUAUGUAUCUUUCUCAUGACUGUAGAUAUUUUGUGGAUUGUGAAGGAUAUGAGAUUUAUUAUUUUGUUUUGUUUGUAAAGACUUGUCUGGAUGAAGAAAAAAAAAAAGGAUACUGAUAGUGGCUUGAAUUAAAGUCUAAAUGGUCUUUGUAAUCAACCAAUACCUAAUAAGCUAUACAACCAGAAAAUUGAAGACAAUAAAUUAAAGUGCCAUAAUGAAAUUGUUGUUACAGAAAAGACAAAUACAGUACCAUUUUAUGUAUGACAACCUUGAUGAAGUGAGGGCCCAGAGCUGAAACAAGGUUUUUUUAAUGAAAUAUCUCUAAUGAGCACACCAUUUUGGUAGAAUUUAUAACACCAUGUCUUCCUCUAACAUUUAAUUGUUCGUAAUUGUUUUGAAUAAAGAAUUUGUGGAAAUCGUAA